CUUUCCCAAAUCCGAACCUAAGCAGACAAAUUUCUCAAAAAUCUCCAGUGACUCUGAGAGUUAUCAAGAGCUCCGGUGCUACAUUCUCCGGCGACGAAUCGACGAGUCUAAAAUUGAAGCAAGCAAUGAGCGAUAGAGGAGGAGUAGUAGUAAGAGGUCGUAGUAGAACUGGAGAAGAUAGGAUAAAUUUCCGUCGUUACCAUAAAUUUGUGAGCUUUAUGACCAGUUUCUUAGACUACUCUAAGGACUUAUGCAUUCACAUACUUAAACUGUCGUUUGAGAUAAAUCACCGUGAUCCAUCUUACAUGACGUGGUGGAUCCACAACGCGGUUAUGCGUUUGGAUCUUGUAUGUGAUUGGAGUUAUUUGGUUGCUAUGAAGAUGGACCCAAGCGUUUACACACCUGUGAGACUCUGGUAUCCUUGAAACUAAGGAAUGUGUCAUUGCCAGAUUUUGAGUAUGUUUCUCUACCUCGUCUCAAGUCAUGCAUUUAAAAAACAACUUUUACAGUAAUGAUUAUCUGCCAAGGUAGAUAUUGAUGUCGAUUUUGAUAUUUUUGACAAUCAUUCGGCUGGAAAUGUCUCCUCAAAGAAAAUUGCAGUGAGAAAAUUACUCACCGGGCUCUCAAGCGUCAGGGAUAUGACUAUAAGUGGAAAAAAUUUGAAGGUUAUCUGUCUCUACUUGAAUCUUGAACUGCUGCCCCAGUUUCCACACAUGACCAGACUCUGUGUGAACUCCUAUGAAUAUUAUUUGAAGAUGUUGCCAAUGUUGCUUAAGAGCUGUCCAAAUCUCAAAUCCUUGUUUUUGAUAUAUAUGCAGGAGCCGAUGGAAUACAAGAAUGAACAAACUAUGCUCUCAUUACCUGUUCCAGAAUGUUUAAGACCGUCUCUGGAGUACAUCAAGAUGAAAAGACCGAUAAAUCGAGCUGGAGCGGAGAUGAUACUAGCAAACUAUUUCCUCGAGAAUGAGGCAGUGCUCAAGAAGUUUACACUGCGAUUGUAUUGUGGCAAAGUGGAGGAAGAGUCUGUCAUCUUCAUGGAGCUCUUGAAAUUUAGAAAAUGCUCUGCUUCUUGUGAAGUAGUUGUUCAACGUAUAGAGACUUAUCCAACUAUGAUACACAGGUUUCUGUAACACUUCAAAUUGCAUUUUCCCUUUUAGGAUAGUUUGGUAUUGGAGAAUUUAAUAUUUAUAGUCUUACCCGAACCGUUUUUUUUUUCAUUAGAUUUCAUUUUUUAUUUCACAAAUCCUAUUCAGUCAACUCCCAUCUCUAGUUUAGAUUUUUAUCUUAUCUUUCCAUCUAAAUCCAUUGUAAAAGAAGGGUUUCUUAAGCAGAGAGAAUCUAUAGGCUCUUUGUAGCGAAUCUGUGGGGGCGGCGACAUUCGCCGCUAUUGGUUUCUUCGGCAGCGAAGAAUCGAUGGUGAUUUGAUAACUUGUCUUGAGUGUUUUUCCCAAAAGAGAAAUCAAAUGAGCAACCGAGGAGAUAGGAUAAGCAGCCUACCUGAUGAGUUGCUGUGUCAGAUACUCUCAAAUCUUCCUACAAAGAAUGCUGUUACUACUAGCAUUUUGUCAACCAGAUGGAGAAGUAUCUGGCUUUCAACCCCUGUCUUGGAUAUAGAUAUUGAUGCUUUCGAUGAUGCCACUACAUUCGUCAGUUUCGCCUCUCGGUUUCUUGAAUUCUCCAAGGAUUCAUGCUUACACAAGUUCAAGCUUUCAGUUGAGAGGGAUGAUGUUGAUAUGUGUACAAUCAUGCCGUGGAUCCAAGACGCUGUUAAUCGUAGAAUCCAACAUCUUGAAGUCGACUGUCGCUUCAGUUUUCAUUUUGAGGCAGUGUAUCUAACCCUUUACUUAAGUGAGACUUUGGUUUCAUUGAGACUUCAUUUUGUGACGCUGCAUCGUUACGAGUUUGUAUCUUUGCCAAAUCUCAAGGUGAUGCAUCUAGAAGAGAAUAUAUAUUAUUGUCUUGAGACUCUGGAGAACUUCAUCUCAUCAUGCCCGGUUCUUGAAGAUUUAACCGUUGUUAGAAUUGUAGAUAUUAUCACCGAGAAGAUUUUACGGGUGCGCUCUAGGUCACUUAACAGUCUCAAACUCGUUCUUGAUAGUUCCAACGGUUGGUUUAUUGAUGAUAUCGACGAGUGGAAGGUUAUCAUUGAUGCUCCUCGGCUGGCGUAUCUGAGUCUUAAAGAUGAUCAGUCGGCGAGUUUUGUGAUAAGCAAUUUGGGUUCAUCCGCAAAAGCAGAUAUCAAGGUUAGUUUUAAUGUGAACGAUAUUUGGGAUCUACCUGUCACGUUCGAGAGAAGCAAUGUUGGUAAAUUACUCACCGGGCUCUCAAGCAUAAGGGACCUAACUAUAAGUGGAACAACUUUGAUGAUCAUUUGUCACUACUUGAAGCACGAACCGAUGCCUCAGUUUUGUAACAUGGUGCGGUUAAAUGCGAGAUUCUAUGAUUGUGAUUUGGAAAUGUUGCCAUGCGUUCUUGAGAGCUGUCCAAAUCUCAAAUCCCUUGUCUUGGGUCUACUAUCUUCCGCUGAGACGGAACAACAAUCAAGAGUCUCGUCUGUGCCUCCGUGUUUCCUAUCAUCGCUAGAGUUUGUAGAGAUAAGAAGCAGACUCUGUAGAAAGCGUUAUGUGAUGAAAGUAGCAAGGUACUUUGCAAAGAACUCUGUAAUGCUGAAGAAAUUUGUAUAUGUUGGGAGAGUUUCCAUUCAAGAAGAAGAUCUACUUGCAUUGCUGUGGCGAUAUAGCAUAUGUGAAAUAGAGGUUCGUGGACUGCGAAGAUGAUUAUGUUUAUCUGUGAUGAGAAUUUAGAUUCGAUUAAAAUCAUAAACAUGUUCGAGGAUUUGGAAAACUUUGGUUUGUAAUUUGGACAGAACUCAUGGAUGAUGCUUGAGGAUUCCAAAACUCUUUCAAGUAUUGUUUCUUCAUCUAUUCAUCAUAAGUCGUUGACUCUCUA